GUUCCCCCCCAGAAUCUAUCCUGUACCCUGCUCCUACUCCGGCCAGAGAUCUCGGCUCCGUAUAAAGCGGCUUCCUCCUGCUUACACCGUCUGGGAUCUUCUGCUGGACCCCGUCUCGGAUUUCGGCCUCUGGAUCCGCAACCUAGAACCACGACACCGCCGUGGGCCGUCCGCUCUUUAACUCCUUUGGACCAACUGUCUGCGAGAUGGACGGGCUGUCCCGCCACCCGUCGAGUAGAGGAGGGCAUGGAGGGGGCGCCGUCAGCACAGGGGGCCAUGGAUCUAGUGAUCCCGCCAGGGCGGCCUUCUUCGCCCAGAGACAGCUAGUGACUGAGCGGAUGAUGAGGUACUACGCAGCCGGCAUCUGCGGCGUGAUCGCCGUUUUCGUGAUUUUCCACUGGACUCGUCGGCUAUGUGUGAGAGUGGAACAGUCGAAGAGACCUGCCGGAUGGCUGGGCCGUCCAUUCGUUGCGAGCUCGAGACAUGGGAGGAAUCUGCUGGUCCGCAGGGUCCCUGGGUUCCGAUCCGCAGGGCAUGCUUUCAUCGUCACAGCCUACGUCGCCAUCAAUGUGUCCGUCAUAUUCACCAACGUGGACACCACUUCUCUGGGAAGCCUGGCAUUCAGGUUUGGCUGGAUGGCACUGGCGAACUUGGCCGUGGUUAUCUUCUUGGCCUUGAAGAACACGCCGCUGGCCUUCUUGACGGCGCAUUCAUAUGAGCGGCUCAACUGUCUUCAUCAGAUUGCCGGCUACACCAUGUUUGUUGAGAUGGUGACCCACGCCUCUCUGUACACCUACUACUUCAACUCUACAGGACGUCUGUUGGCAAUCUUUGCCGAGAGGGGGGACAUCGCCGCUAUCGUUGCCGGCUUCGCCUUUCUCGGUGUUGUCUUCUCAGCCACGUUUCUCCGGCGUUUCUGGUACGAGCUUUUCUACAUCACGCACGUGUGUUGCUGGAUCGUGGGCGUCGUCGCAGUUGGCUUCCAUCAACCCGAGAUCGGAAAGAAGACGCUCAUAGUGACGCUCCUCACCGCCUCCAUGUGGUUUCUCGACCGCCUCUUCCGGGCCUCCAGGGUUUUAUACUACAGCGUCAACAACGAGGCAACACUACAUCCUCUGGCCAAUGGAGGCACCAAGGUUGUCUUCAAAAAGUUACCGGCAAGGGCCGAGCCGGGGAAACACUGCUUCAUCUGGAUCCCGGCAAUCCGUAAAAUCGAGACACACCCGUUUACAAUCCACAGGAGCUCCCCUCUGGAGUUCACAGUCAAAGCCUGCAACGGCUUCACGAGCGACCUGCACAAGUACGCGAUGGCCCACCCGGGCGUGUCAGUAAGGGCCUCCAUUGACGGGCCAUAUGGCACUUUCCCGGACCCCAUGGAGUUCGACAAGAUCGUGCUCAUUGCUGGCGGCGGAGGCGCCACCUUCACCUUUGGCCUCGCGAUAAACAUUCUCGAGAGGAUGGACGAGAACCGCCCCAAGGAUGUUGUCUUUGUUUGGUCGGUCAGAGAGCACGAGAAUCUUACCUGGUUCAAGGAGCACCUUCAGCUCCUCAGGGCCCACGCACACUCACCGAAGGUCAAAGUUUCUCUCUACGUCACGCGGGCUCCCUCAUCGACUUCGGAUCUUCGCAGUGAAAGUAGCAGCCACGAUCACUCCACUCGUUGCGAUUCGUCCUCCUCCGAGGACACCGAGACACCGUCCUUGUCACCUGUUGGGCUGGAUCUAGAGAACACCGCCCCACGGAUUCCAGAAUCUGCUCUGUGCUGGCCGCCCCUUGCGCACGGCGACCUCGAAAAGGAGAUGGAGCUUGCCAUGGAGACCCGUGUAGAGCAUAGUGGCGUGUCCGAGAAAGACGCUACCACCACCACCGCCGCCACCUUGUCUCACACCUUCUUUGACUACGUCGUCACGGUAGGCCGGCCAGAUGCGGCUUCUCUCAUCCGCGAUGCGGUGAGCACCACCCCAAGGAACCAGCGCGUACUUGUUGCGGCAUGCGGCCCGGAUGGUCUGAUGCGUGUUGUUCGAGAUGCGACAGCCAAACUGAUUCUCAGUGAUGGGCCGGCUGUUGAGUUGCAUUGUGAGCAGUUUGGGUGGUAGAAUCCAGUAUGGCGGCUCCAGUUUUACUCCGGUUAUGUAGAGAUGGCAGCUUAGGUAUGGUAUGUUGCGGCUUUGCUGUACUACCUGUUAUCGUUGGCUGCGUGGUGGUUGUGUGAGCACUACCGUAAGCACUAGCGGCACUGGCGUUCAUCUGCAAUCUUGGUCUCAUUGCUCUUUGUUUGUCAAUGUUCCUUGCAGGGCAAUGUGAACUCCUCUACAAAGGCAUGGAAUACCAUACCUACUAGUAGAGGACCCUUGAUUCCAGAGGUACCUUAGGU